CGCUCGACUGUGCCCAUAAGCGACUUCCAAACUACGAAACUUUUUUAAUUUACUUUAUCUGUUCUCUCUCGAUUUUCUCUCUCUAAGAACUUUUCAUUGGAUUACUGCCGGCGAGGGAUUGAAGGUGAAGGAGGCGGAGGGAAUGCGGUCUGGGUGGUUGUAUUGAGGCUCUGAGGUUGGGAUUGUAGGGAUCUAGGGUUAAGAUGGUGACGAAGAUGAUACGGUGGCCAUGGCCGCCGAUUGUGUUGAGGAAGUUCGAGGUGAGGGUAGUGGUGCGUGGGAUCGAAGGGGUGGCGAUCGAUCGGGCGGCGACGGAGGUUUCGGCGGGUUCGGGAAUGCUGACGGCGGAGGUGAGGUGGAAGGGGCCGAGGAUGACGGCGCUGAGCUCGUUGAGGAGGAAGGUGAGGAGGAAUUGUACGAGGGAGGAGGAAGUGAAGGGAGAGAAAGGGGAGGUGGAGUGGAACGAGGAAUUUGAGAGCGUGGUUGCGCUUACGGAGCAGAAGGAGAACGUGUUCUAUCCGUGGGAGAUUGAGUUUGCCGUCUUCUCUGGAGUGAAGCAGCUGUCCAAGAACAAGGCAUCCAUUGUUGGAAUAACUUCUUUGAAUCUUGCUGAAUAUACGUCUUCCUCCGGGGAAGAGAUUGAGCUAAAUCUUCCCUUGUCGAUGAUGAUCGUUAAUGUCGACUCUCCGCCGAUACUUCGUUUGACUGUCAAAUUGCUGGAAUUGAAAAGCUCUCCAGAAUCAUCAGAGAUUGUGCAGAAGAAUGUGGUUCCAACUCCCUUGUCUCCUCCACCUGCUGAUGCUUCUUAUGAGAAAGACGAGCAAUCUGCUUUUAAAGCUGGGUUGAGGAAAGUAAAGAUACUUACAGAGUUUGUGUCAACUAGGAAGCCGAAGAAGACUGUCCAAGAGGAUGAAGGCAGUGAUGGCAGGUGCUCUGCUGGUAGUGAAGACGCUGAUUACACCUAUCAAUUUGAUACAGAUUCCCCGGACGAAAAUCCUGAUGAAGAAAUUGAAGAUGAGAAAGGUGAUGCUACUAUAAGAAGGUCAUUCAGUUAUGGCACACUGUCAAAUGCAAAUUAUGUUGAUGGUGCCCUUCACUGCGACACAAAUUUUAAUGGAGAGUAUGAAGAUUGUGUCUAUCAUAGUCAUCGGCGAUCUGAUGUUGAGUAUCCGCAUGUUGAGGAGACGGCAUCAUCUGUUACAGAGCAGCAAUUUAUUUCGCAGGCCACCAAAAGAAGCAUCCUUCCUUGGAGAAAGAGGAAAUAUAAUUUUAGAUCUCCUAAGGCCAAAGGUGAGCCUUUGUUAAAGAAGGCUUAUGGAGAAGAGGGAGGAGAUGAUAUUGAUCAUGACCGACGUCAGUUGACUUCCUCUGAUGAAUCUCUCUCUGGAAUGGGGCUCAAGGCUGAUGAUGAUCGAUCAGCUCAACAUUCAUCAGUAUCAGACUUUGGCGAUGACAAUUUUGCUGUAGGAAGCUGGGAGUCAAAAAAUCUCACAAGUCGCGACGGAAAAAUGAAGCUCUCCACAGAGGUUUUCUUCGCGUCCAUCGAUCAGAGGAGCGAGCGGGCAGCUGGUCAAAGUGCAUGUACAGCUCUUGUUGCCAUCAUUGCCGAUUGGUUCAAUUCAAACCAUGAUAUGAUGCCCAUCAAGUCCCAAUUCGACACACUAAUUCGCGAAGGCUCCCUGGAGUGGCGGAACCUGUGCGAGAACCCAACAUACAGAGAGCGAUUCCCCGAUAAGCAUUUCGACCUCGAGACAGUUAUCCAGGCAAAGAUCCGUCCUCUAUCCGUAGUCCCCAAAAAGUCCUUUGUUGGAUUCUUCCAUCCAGAAGGAUUUAAAGAUAACAGAGGCUUUGAGUUCCUCCAUGGCGCUAUGUCUUUUGACGACAUAUGGGAUGAAAUCAGGUCGGCCGAGUCGCCAGAUUGCCUGUAUAUAGUUAGUUGGAACGACCACUUCUUCGUCCUCAAAGUUGAACAAGAUGCAUAUUACAUCAUAGACACACUUGGUGAGAGACUUUAUGAGGGUUGUGACCAGGCUUACAUCCUUAAAUUUGAUGAAAACACAAUAAUUCACAGGAUUUCAAAUCAAAAGAGUCCUGAUGCAGAAGUAGAAGAUUGCAAACAGGCCAUUGGCGAGGAGCUGGUUUGCAGGGGGAAGGAAUCCUGUAAGGAAUACAUUAAGAGCUUCCUGGCUGCAAUUCCUAUUAGAGAGCUAGAGGCUGAUAUCAAGAAGGGAUUCAUGGCUUCUACUCCUCUUCACCAUCGCCUACAAAUCGAGUUCCAUUACGCAGAGGCGACAAACGACAUCAUAAACUUCGCAGCAAUCUCGCCAUUACCGUUUUGCGAAUCAACGAGCCCAAGUUCGUUGAUGCCUUAGGCAACUUUUUUAGUUGUAUAGAGUAUCGGCAUAGCAGAAGAUCUUACAUAAUCAGAGACUGAUAGUUGCCAACUUGCUGAUGCUGUGAUCCUUUUGUUUUAUGCUGCUUUUUGUCUCUUUCCAGCACUUGUAAAGAAAAAAAAUAUAUAUUUUUAGUUUUCUGUGGCCCUCUAUGAUCAUCUGCUAUCAGCUGAAAUAAUAAUAGAGAAUUGUGAUGUGGGUCUCUUCAAUGAUAUUAACAUCCUUAAUUAUAUGAAAUCGAAAUUUCGGAA